AUGACUGACGAUUCGGCUGAAGCGACGGCGGGACGAAUGCCUGCGCUGGACGACUCGCCUGUCAUUCACCGGUCCACCGAACGUGCGAGGGCAGAGCGGGCGCUUGCAGGAUGGGAGGGGUCGCCAACGAGGCAGGUGGGAGGAGGUGGAAGAGAUGGAGGAGAACGGGGCACGCUCGCUGAGGGGGUCGGAGAAGCGGCGGGGAACGAUGCUGGCCAGACUGAGACGUCGCGGAGGGACAGCGUUGGCUUGGGCAUCAGGCUGGGAGGCGAGGGCGUCGACCAGCGCGGCGAGACUGCGGGGGCCUCGAGGACAACUGUCGACGAGACUCGCUGGGCGUCGGCGAGCUCAGCUGGAUCCUCUCCACCAACGCCACCGCCCAAGCUCCCGCUUCCCGUGCCGCCUCCCUUCGCCGCAGCAGCUUCCUUCACGACGAACACCUCCCUUCCCACCCGUCCGCCUCGCAGCUCGCAGCGUCUCUCGUCCCAAACCACCGCUACAACUCACACCGCCCGCUCCUCCUCUUCUUCGACCCAGUCAAGUCCACCCAUGCGCCGUCCGACGAGCAGCGGAGCAGACAGCCACUUGAGCUCCAGUACAGCAGCGACGAGUCUUCCAGACCUCGAGGAAGAGCCCGUUCCGACAGCUUCGAAGCUCCUUCCGCCGAUCGUGCUGGAAGAGGCGCACCCGACGAGCGAAUCGAUGGCGCAACAAGUGAGUUCGGGCGGCUACUCGGACCUCAGCUGGGACGAGGACUGGGAGUUCCCGAGGCCGUCGGUCCCCGAGCUGGCGGCGCUCUCCUUCAGCGAACCCACAAGCUCGCUUCGCACGCCUCAACACGGCGAUGACCCGGCUGCAUCGCCGAGCGCGCAAGCUGGCGGAUGGCUCGACCCCGAGGGAAUGGGCGAGGAUGAGCGGGAGUAUCUUGGCGUCCUCUCCUCUCGCGGCGAAUCGCAGUGGAUGAGGGCUUCACAAGAUGACCUCACCAGUCCACAGCCGACAGCGGCGCGCCCGCAAGCGCAACGGGCGAACGUCGACUUGAGAAGGUCAGCGCUUCAAGCGUCUUCCUCGCUCCAUCCAUUCUCCGCUCCGCUCGAGCAGCAGCAGCACAACCCAAAGCUUCCAGCUCUGUCGGUGGCUCGCGGCGUGCCAGCCAUCCCCUCGAUCUCGCCGCCGACUUCUCCUCCUCAACCCGAGUGGCCUUCUCUCCGCGCCGGAUUCACCAAAUCGCCUCCUUCGCGCUCGCCUUCAUCCUUCUCCCAGCCCUCUCAGUCACCGCCUUCCAGUCACCCAAAGAGCAAGCGCACGUCCGUCCUCUCAACUCUCGCCGCUCCUCUCGCCCACCUCGGUUGA